AUUUCUUUCUGCCUAUUCGAUUGGAAUGUACUUUGCAGGGCAUGUUGGUGAUCGGAUUGAUUUGAGUUUGUUUCUUGUGUUUGGGAUGAUGUCUGGUGGCAUAUUAACUAUAUUCUUUGUUUGAUGUUGGUUUGAUGUUCAUUUGUUGGGGUACUUUAUGGCUGUUCAAGUUCUUGGGUUGGUUAGUCAAUUGGGUGGCCUUGUGUGGUAGCAGUGGUGGGAAACUGGUUUGAGAAAGAAAAGAGGGGGUUGAUCAUGGGGAUCUGGAGUUCACAUACCUCAGUUGGAAACAUUAUUGAUUCAGUUGUGGCGUCUGGGGUUUUGGAAUUUGGAUGGGGCUGGUCCUUUGUGGUGCCUCGGUUUUGGUCAUUUUGGUCGGCAUUUUAGUGUUUUUGUUUCUCCCCGUGAAUCCAGAAGACUUGGGAUUUGAGUCUCGGGUAAAGGAGAUUCAGAUAAAUACGGAAGUUAAUGGGAUAGAGAAUUUGGAGGGAAAAGUGGAAUCAGAGGAAGCAGGUCUUCUUGGAACAGAGAAUGUAGAUGUCGAUACAAGCGCAGAUACUUUGGCUGCAGUUGGCUUUUGGGAGGCAUGGAGGUUACCGGGCGUGGCACCAUUUGCUCUCUGCCUGUUCUUUUCAAAGCUGGUGUCUUACACUUUCUUGUACUGGUUGCCCUUUUACGUAAGGCACACAGCCGCAUUUGAUAUUGGAGGAGUCUUUGGUGGAAUUUUAGCAGGAUUGAUAUCUGAUACGAUCGAAGCUCGAGCUGUAACGUCAAUUACAUUUUUGUUGCUUUCAAUUCCAGCCCUUGUUUUCUACCGGGUUUAUGGAAGCCUAUCUAUGGUUGCCAAUAUUCUUUUGAUGUUUCUUUCUGGAUUGCUGGUGAACGGCCCAUAUUCACUUAUUACAACAGCCGUUGCUGCAGAUCUUGGUACCCAGACAGUGAUCAGAGGAAAUUCCCGUGCAUUAGCUACUGUGACUGCAAUUAUAGAUGGUACAGGGUUCUGUUGGGGCGGCCCUUGGGCCACUUUUAGCGGGGUAUACUUCCACGACAGGGUGGAAUAAUGUAUUUCUUAUGCAAAUUCUUGCUAUUUUCUGGGCAACU